UUCUGGCUGCCUCCAAGUCGAGAUCGUCUCUCACCGUCUAUCGCUGUCACCGCACAAUGCCCAAGAUCGUCCACAUUGUCCUUUGGAAGCUCAAGCGCCCAUCCGUGCUGACAAGCACUUCGACUGAGCAAGUAUUUGCUGAAGCGAAGAAGGCCAUCUCGGCUUUGAAGGAUGUACCUGGUCCUGAAACGCUUCAUCUUGGUGGACCCCUCAUCGACGCUAGAGCCAAGGGGUUUGACUACGGUCUGUACUCUGUGUUCUCUUCCGCCAAAGCGCUUCAAGAGUAUGCCACGUCCGAGGCUCAUCUGAAGGUUGUCAAGGAGAAUGUGCUCCCCAACGUCGACGAUGUCCUCGCGUACGACUUUGAGCUCGAAGAGUAGAGGAUAUCUCGAUUUUGAAACAUAGGCUUUGAAGUCUGAGUGGAGAACUAUGGAGCUACAUGACUAUAUGCUCCCCUGCGGUCGAUGUGCAGACGCAAUAUGUCCCUGGCUGGCCUCCUUCAGUGCAACUUCGCUUCGGUUGUGUAGAUCUACGGGAUGGUUGAAUCCUCUGCUGCAGCGAUUGGUGUAUCAAUUGAAUAGAUAUUCGUGGUUGGCAGUCUUCGCCAUAUGCGAGAAGCUUACAAGACACAGAGUCUGCUCCCAUUACGUCCGAUGACGCGCUCUCAGUUGGCAGAAGGGAAGUCUGAC